AAGAGCACCAUGUCCUCGACGACGCCGGACACCCUCUCACUGGACAGUACAACGUCAGCGGAAUCGAAGGAACAGUCAUCCCGAUCGUCGUCCCAGCAGCACCACCACCAUCACCGAUACCUACAUCCGAGCAGUGCCGGACCGGUUCCCGUUGCGGACCACAACCAGUCGCCGCCGGAUCCGGCGGCCAGUCCCGGAGUACACUCUGACGACAGCCAGAAGGAGAACCUGGUCCAUCAGCAGCAGCAGCAAUACUACCACCAUCGUCACCAUCACCAACAACAACAGCAACAGCAGCAGCAGCCAUUUCUACCACCAUGUACGGGGGAACCGGAGCAACGACGAAACUCAUCAGUAUUAAACCGAUCGUCCGAGGACGACUCGAACGAUAGCGCAUUUGCCGAUAAUGGUUCGAUGUCCCUGAACACGAUCACGAUCGCGCUGGACAACAAGCUGCGCUCGUUGCGCAACUCCUCCAUCGACUCCGACCGGGACGUGUGGACACAACGCUGGAAAGCGACUGCGACAACAGCAGCAGCUGCUACAGUGCCGGCGGUCCCCCUGGGGGCCAAUUCGACUCCCACGCGCCGCUCGGUGCACCACUCGCGCCCCCUCACCCUGGGCGAGAACAUUCCAUACGCGGACGAAUCGCCGGAACGGCCGCUGAUCCAGACCCGGUCCGAAACCGCUGCGGCAGCAUAA